AUGUCGGACGCGACGACAAGUCGCGUCACGAUUGACGAUGUGCGAGCGCAGACGAUAAAUGAGACUGAAACACAGUUGAAUUCAAUUGUGGCGUCUCAUCGUGAGCACGUCCGCGAGCUGCUAUACCUCGUCCAAACAGCUGAAGCGGAUGCGCAUGCAGCGUCGUACGCUCCGCCAGCGGCGCCGCUUGUGCCUGAUGAGCAUGCUGGGCUGCCGAAACUCGUGCUUCCCAACCAUGCAGCCCAGGAGCUAUCUGCGCGGCUUGCACAAACCAUGAAAUUGCUGCGCGAGAAUGCCACGCGCAACGCUGAAUUAAAAACACCCCUGCCGCCUCCCGACACUGCGACGCAGCUUCCACCACCCCCGGCGCCUCUUUUCAAGGUCCAGUCGCAACCAAAAAAUACGCCGCAUCCCGCGCGUAAUGCAGCCGUGCGUCUACCGCCCUCGCCGAUGCCCCGGCCUGUCGAAUACGAUCAGACGCUGCCCAAUCCCACACCACCACUUACCCUACAAACGCUCGCCCCGAAUCCACUCUCUGUCACGUAUGCUUCUUCCUUACGCCCACUUCCACCAGACCCAUCGCGCCGUGUCACAGGUAUCGGCACAGGCGGUGGGUCCGUGCACCACCGGACAAGGCGCAGCACACAACGACCUGGGCCCAUGGCCAAGCCUGUCAAGGGCACAGCAGGACCAGACCUUUUGCGUUGGCAGGUGCGGAUCCGUGCCUGUCCUAGUGCAAGCUUGGUCCGCAAGGCCAGCAAGUGCCUUUUGACGGGAGACUGGAAAGUCGCGUUUACAGAGCAAAAGUUUUUGCGCGCCAUGAUGCGUAUGGAAGACAUGAAGCAGCAGGGCUUAUGGAGUUUCCGGCAGCCCAAGCGGGUCAAGGGACGGGUUGAGCGCAAGACGCACUGGGACUAUGUGCUGGAGGAAAUGCGGUGGAUGCAGACAGAUUUUCGAGAAGAGCGCAAGUGGAAAUUGGCGAUGGCGUACGAAUUUGCGCAUCAAAUUGCUCAGUGGCAUCGGUCGUCACCUGAAGAGCGGGCUUCGUUAUGCGUUUCGCGACGUCGCGUAGAGCCCAUGCAAUGGGAGGAGCCGGAGCCUGCGCCGGGAUCGGAGCCAGAACCGGCACCGGAGGCUGAGUCGGAGGCGGAGUCUGAUCCCAAAGCCCGAGUCCAAGACGACCCAGCCGACGAACCUAGAGACGAAAAGCCUAGCAACGAGCCGGACAUCGACGUCGAUGCGGAUGCAGAAGGUGAAGACGACUCGCAAGCCAUGCCCCGCCUCACAUACACCGAGCCGCCCGCCAAGGCAGACGAGCCAGCGCAGCCUAUGCGUUCUGACGCUAACAAGGAGACGACGCUGUCGGACAAGCUCCCAUUAGCCCUCGUCACGGCGAUCCGUGCCCCCAUCUUUAGCCUGGAUACGACGGCUACGACUGUAUCGCCAUGGUCGCUGUUAGAGCACCUCGAUCCACAAACGAGCGCUGCGCUCAUGCGCAUGGACGACGCUCCGUCCAUCGAUCCUGAACAACUCGACUUUGACAAGCUAUUUCCGGAACUACCGCCCUACGCGCCACCCAACGCGUCGGACGACCCAGCGUCCCAAAAACGGCGGGACGAGUCGCAGGCGCAAUCAACCCGCCUCGUGCAUGUAUCGCGCCUGUUGGAUGCCAAGCCUAUCCUGGUAAGCACCCUUGAUCCGGCGCGAUAUCGCGAGAAUGGCCAUUGGGUCGAUACGAGCGAGUGGGCUGAGCGUAUGCCACAUGCACCUGAGGUGUCGCCGCCCUAUGUCGCAGGCGUGCCGCCUGGGUCCCUGCUGUUUUCACGACGCGCAGGCAAAGCACCUCGAGAAUCGAUGGCCGGCCCUCGUAUACCCACCGCACCUGCCCAUCCAGACGCACGCGUGCAACAACUGUCGUGGUCGAGUGAGCAGGAUGCGUUUGUGCAGGCGCUCGCCAAGCAGUACCACGACCAUUGGUCCCUGGUGGCCGAUCUGUUCAAUGCAGCAUGUUUUGUCAUUCCCACAGAGAAGCGCACGGCAUGGGACUGCUACGACCGAUGCCAAUGGCUCGCCACCGCCGCCGAUCAGCGGCCCUCCCGUCCAGCGCCCCGUGACAGCAAACAAGCGUACCGGCAGCACUUGCUGGAUAUGAUGCGCAAAUGGGCCAAGCGGCGCGAGCAAAUCCAGCGGCAGGCAGCGGCGAAUGCAGCGGCGAAUGCGUCCAUGGAGCGAGCGAAUCUGACGGCCCACGAUACGCACACCCAGGUCAAGAUGACAACGACACCGACGCCCCAGGCUCUGAGUGCGCUCAAGGCCGAGCGUGAUCAGGCGGCGAUUCGGCAGUUCUUUGAGCAGCAGCGCGCGGCACAGUUUGCGUACGCUCAGCAGCAGCAGCGCCUGCAGUUGGUUCAGGCGCAGGCGGCACAGGCCAACGACGACCCCCAUCGCAAGGCAGCGGCUGUGGCCAUGUCGGCCAGCGCCAGCGGUGCAGCACCCGCGGCGGGUGUGGCAGCAGCUCAGUCGCCCUCGGCGGCAGGUACGACUAGCGGCAGCGGUCCAUCCCCCGCCGCGUCGGCAGCCCUGCUGUCCCGGUCGACCUCCGGUCCAGCGCCACCGCCACCUCAUGUCACAGCCACAUCGUCGCCGUCGUCCACGUCCCUCCCUCCACAGCAGCAGUACCUUGCAGCUAUGUCAGCGAAUCAGGGAGCAGCGACGGCGGCAGCCGCGGCGACCAAGCCGACCCCGGCGCCAGCACAGCCGCCUGUGAUGAUGGCCGGACCGUCUUUGCCCUUGGCCCGGGCUGCGCAGCCGUAUUUCGGCGUCGAUUCGGCCGCCAUCCCCGCUGCGACGUCCGCGUCACCGUUGUCGGCCGCGAAUCUCAAGGCAUCCACACAGCCCACAGGCUCGCCGAUCGUGGCUUCGGCCACACAGGGACCGCCACGUCCACCGCAGCCUAUUGUGAUUGCUUCUUCUGCCUCACCGUCUUCGAGAUUAGCUCAUCCGGCUCCGGCAGGCGUUGGGUUCGACGCACAGGCUACGGGGACACCCAGUCCUAUGAGCACGCCUGCCGCGCCUGCGAUACCCAUGACGAAUGCGGCGGCUCCGGGUGUCAAUGCCGUCGGUCGACCGCCUACCGCAGUGGCAGGCCCCGGCUCAUCGUACUUGGGAUCUACCCAGGCCGCGCCGACGUCAGCCCCACCCAAUCUGCAUGCGCUGCAGCAGCAAUUGGCAAUUACGCUCGCUGCUUCGCACCUGAGUCAGGAGCAGAUCAACAGCCUGGCCAUCCAGCUGUACAAGCAGGCGCAACAGCAGCAGCAACAACAACGCGCGCAGCCUGACGGCCACUCACAAGGCUCGGCCCCGACGGGUUUGGUGGGCCAUGCGCCACGAUUCGUGCCGGUGCCGCAGCCCAGCGCAGGCUCACAUACGACGUCGUUGCCUGCGAACCAUCAUGCCACGCCCCCAUCUCGACAGACGUAG